AUGGCAGAGUCGUGUGGGUACAGAGCGCUCAUCGAACCGGAGAAGAUCGCCAACCCGGCUCCACUGGGCCUCGCGUCCUUCGCGCUGACAACCUUCGUUCUAUCGGCGCACAACGCAGGGUGGGCGCCGAACCACAUAUGGAUGGGGCUGGCGCUGUUCUACGGCGGCGUGGGGCAGAUCCUGGCGGGCAUGUGGGAGUUCAAGCACGACAACGUCUUCGCGUGCACGGCCUUCACGUCCUUCGGCUGCUUCUGGAUGGGCCUCGCCACCUUCAUCCUCCUCGAACUCCUCGGCUGGGUGCCCAAGGAGGUGGUAGCGAGCGCGCUGGGGUGGUACCUGUCGGGGUUCAUGAUAUUCAACACGUACAUGUUCCUCGCCACGCUGCUCAUGCCCAAGACCGUCUGCAUCACCUUCUUCUUUCUCGAGAUCACCUUCGUGCUGCUCGUCAUCGCCAACUUCACGCCCUCCAAUAAGAACUGGAACAAGGCCGGCGGCUAUGUCGGCGUCGUCACCGCCAUCUCAGCGGGCGUGACGUCCAUGAUCGCGCUGAUCAACACGGUGGCCAAGCGCAAAGUCAUCGACACCGGCCGCCCCUUCGUUGACUUCGGCCAAGAAAUCUAA